AUGACAGCAGCAGCGGCGUACUGGAUUGCUCUGGAGCGGGCGCGACUGUUGAGGCGGGCGGUGGAGAUCGAGGGUGCUUUGCAGAUGCGCACUAAGCACUGGCGAGCCGUGGCAGGAGGCGGCGGAAUGCGGGUUGCACGUGCCGUCGCACGGCGCGGAGGAGCUGGGAGUCUAGCAGCGGUGGAGGAGGACGGAGCGGAAGGCCUUGCUCGCAAGCCUGGAGGGAACAGCGAGGAGUCUUGCACGCAGACGGGAAGGUGCGCAGACGGCCUUGGGCCUCAGGUGGCAAGAGGGAGCCUUGGAAAGCGCCGGUGGGCCCUUGGUCCGCCGUCGUCGAAUCAAGCACCGCGCCCGCCCGCGGUGAAUGAACGGGUCCCUCCAGCGGCCGGCACUGCCAGCCUCGCGCUCAGCCGGCUGGGCGUUCGCGACGAGGGCACCGCCUGCGCACUAAAACUAGCGGAGGCUUGUCUUGCGGCCGCUUUGCCUGCCGCGGCUGGCCCUCGCCGUGAGGCUGAAGGCGCGCUAGAACUCCCUGCCGCCAACGUCAACGGAAUGCUCGCGGGCGGCAUCACCACAACACGCGCAGCACGGCACGCGGUGCCAAGCCCGCAGAGCACUCGCACACCUCAGCCGUCCGCUGCGACUCGGGCUCGCCACGACUUCGGCGGCGGACGGGAUCGAAAUAACCCACAUCCGACUCUCCACACGCUCGCCGACGCCUGGCACGCUGCGACGCUGCCAGGCAGGACCUGCAACCUCCCCACUCUGAAGAAUGCAGCUGCACGCCCACCUGCCUCUUCCAACUGCCAAUAUCAAAACCAGAGGCCGCAGAACCGGCCGCCGCCCCGGUCCUGGCCGCGAUCCCACGCUCCCUCUCGUGUCGACGGCGCCCAACCGCCUGCUCACCGUCUCGUCUUUGUCUGCCAUGCCGUGUACCGCCGCUGGGUUUCCGCCGUGGGCCUCUCGCCGCCGUUGCAGCGCGCACACGCACACGACGCACGUCAGCAGGCCGUUGCUUCGGGGCACAGGGCCGGCUGCCAUGCGAUCCCGCUGCCCAGCACGCGCAUGGGCGACAGGCGACAGGCGGCCGGCCGGUGUCGCAGGCCUCUGUUUCGACGGCAGCCCAAGAAUUUGGAGCGCGUAGAGCGACAAGAGAAACAGGCAGCAGAAGCGGGCCUGCGCGCGCUCGAGCCCCGUUUCUGCAGCGUCGUUGCGCACCCUUGGCGAUACGCAGCGGACGGCGAAACGAGCCUCGAAACAUCAAUAAUGCACGCCUGCAAGCCGGCCGCUCCUGAAUCGUGCCCGUACGGAUCAGCCCAUCCGCGCUGCUGGCCGCCACGGCUGCAGCCAGACGCCAGCUGUCUAGAAGAGGACAGAUGGGGGCAGGAGGACGGCCGAGAGAGGCAUCUCGAGCAUCGCAGCGGGCUGUGGCGUUGGCGAUACGCGGUAUUUGCUGCUGCCAACGUGUUGGUCGCCAAGGGAUGGCAUUUCGAGAGCGCCCACAAGCCCUGGAGCAUUUCCUGGUCUCUGGCAAGUCAUGCCCCACCGUCCACUGGUCGCGGGCGGCCGUCCCUUCGCGGCGUGCGAUUGGACGCUGCUAUCCCUGGCCCUCCCAUCUGGGACCCCAUGAUGACGCAGCCCUGCGGCUGGGACCCUCGCGAUGCUCGUGGUGUGGUGCGGUUGACUUUCAAAGGGCCGUCCUCUCGCCGAACCCCAUCCACAAUUGGCCGUCGGUAUCGGAACAGGGCUCUUCAGGAUCGGAAUCUUCUUCCGUUCUGCUCACAGCAGCAGCAGGCUGGGAGCAGCAAGAACACGCGACUGCGGCUGUGA